AUGCUUCGGGUGCUCUCCCUGGAUGGUGCCACCGUGGCGGCCCUGCCGUGUUCCGCAGCGUCGCCGAAAAAGGGGCACGAGCUUCGGACGGAGGUGAGGCGCAUGCGCGGUGAGAGCCGAUGGGAAGCCUUUGACCUAGUCUUUCAGGGACGCUUGCUCCCGGACAGUGGCGUCAUUGACUCGGGAGACCUGGAAGUCUUUGCGGUCUGGCGCCCGCAUCCGAAAGUGUUGACCAGCUCCGGUGAGAGGGUCACCAUCUUCGACUACAGCGGCGAAGAGAUCCACCAGAUUGGACCCAUCAGGUUGGGGGCUAGCAGUUGGUCGGUGCCCUUUUUUUCGGCGGAUGGUGGCCUCUUCAUGGCCCUGAAAGCAGAUGGGCGGUGCAUGGUCUAUGAGACAGACACUGGUCUGGAGCUCUGCAGCUUCUCAGCCGCACCGCGCCAAGCGCCCAUCGCCGCCUUCUCGUUGCACGGCCUGGUGGCGCUGCCCGCGGCGGGGCGCAGCGGAGCAGCGCAGAUCUUCCGGGCAAGGACCGGUGAACAUGUGAGCCUUUGCAGCGGCUUUGCCGCGUCCACGGCUCCCGCGCGGAAAUGCAUUUUCUCCCCUGAUGGCACUGAGCUGCUGAAAAUCUCUCAGGAUGGCUUCGCCGCCCUAUUCGUGGCGGAGACCGGACAACAGCUGGUGCAGAUGGACGAGGUGGGCAAGUGGAACGGCUGCGCGCAAUUCUUUCCGUCUGGGAAGACCGUGCUGACCACCCUCCGCGACGGCACCGCGCGGCUCUUCGACGCGGCGACCGGCCGCGUCACCCAGACCUUGCGCGCGACCGCGCCGGUGGCGGACGCGGUGCUCGCGCCCACGGAGCGGAGCCUGUUGUUGGUGCUGACUGAUUGUACUGGUCGCCUCUAUCACAAGGAGGAAGGUCAGUUCGUGGCUUCAAGAAGCCUGAGCGCUUUGGGCUUCUACAUCUCUCCCUAUCCGGUGGCCUUCUCCAGCGAUGGAGGCCGCAUCUUGCUCGCCCUGGACACCUGUGAUGUGAAGAUCCUGGAUGCAGAGACUGGCGAGGCCAUUUGUGAAUGCAGAGGAGGGAAGCACCACAUCACCUCCGCUGCCUUCUCUCCAGAUGGUAGCCGUGUCCUGGUGUCCUAUUACCACUCAGUGGCCAAGAUCUUUGAUGCCAGCGAUGGCCACUGCAUGGUGGAACUGCCACACUCCGACAGGGUACUUGGAGCCUGCUUCUCCUGA